AUGGAAAAAUUUAAAGAAAAACCUGAAAUACGUCGAAAAGGCCGUGGAGUUUUUACAACAAUUCCUGGCAUCACUCAUUCAAAAUUGGAUACUUCGGUAUCUACUAAUGUCUCAGCGGGUGCUAGUGCAUCUUCUGAUUUUAACUUGGAUACUUCGGUAUCUACUGCUAUAUUAAUACCUGCUGGAGCAGUUAUUAAUCCAAAUCUUGAUACUACGGUAUCGAAUAAAGAAGUUGAAAUUGAUAAAAUUUUGGAAAAAACUGAAGAAGAGAAAGGAUUAGACCCGAAAGAAGUGACGGAGAGCAUGGAAAAGCUCUUACUCGAAGAAGAUAUGGAGACUGACGAGUGGGAAAAAUCGCAAACUUGGGGUGAGGAAGAAAAGAAGACAACUAAAAAUGCUAAAAUUCCGAAAUUUGCUAAUGAAGGAUUUGCGGCAUUGUCGCACCCAGAAGAAGAAGAAUUUAAAGAAGUUAAAAGAAAGGAAAAGAAGAAAGAAAAAUCAUUGGAUACUUCGGUAUCUACUAAUUAUUCUUCACUCGAUCAAACAUCGGGGAAGGAUUUGAAAGUCAAACGGUAUGUCAUAGCGCAAAUGCUUGACAAAAAAUUAAUAGCAGUGUACCCUAAUCCAACUAAUCUGAAACAAUGGCCCUUAUUUAUGGAAAUACCCGAUGAAUUAAAAUUGGAUUCGGAAAGGCCUCUCUGCUUAGGAGACAGCGUAAUUAUUUCGAAAUAUAAUUGGAUUGAGGGGAGAAGAGAAAUUGACACAGCUAACUGGAUGUUUCAGAGCCGAAUUAAUGCCCAGGCCAUAGCUUUAGAAAUUCUGGAUGUUUCGCUAGCCCCGUGGGUAUUUAACACUGGUUUUGUUGUGGAUAUUAAAAAGCGAAAAGGAAAAGAAGUUAAAAAUACUAUGGGCUCAGCGCUUGUAGUUGCUUUCGGAAUGGAGCGAACUGCGAAACUUUUUAACCGACAAUGCGCAGAAGAUCUCGACUUUGAGAAUCUUCAAAGGGGAAGCCUGCUUGAUAUGCAACUAGCGAAAAUUCCAGAAGGCCAAAGAAAAUUCUCAUGUUCUAGCUAUAGCCAUGCCACAUCGAGAAAAAUGGCGUUGGUUAGCACGAAAUAA